UCCCCGGAAAACAGUCUCGCUUUAAACUGGACUACAAGUUUUGUAAGACGCGUUUCUGGCGCCUUUUACUCACACACGAUCUUUGGUUGCACUCUCCUUCCUCUACCACAUGAUGGCGCUAAGACACAGAUUAUGUCUGUUGCCUCCAUGUAAUGUGCAUAUUUUAAUGGCUUAGCCAAUGCAGCAGAACAAAAAACAAUUUGUUUAUUUUAAAGAUAUUUUUAAAGCAGGUUGGACGAACGCGCUAAUUGAUUUUUUAAUAGUUGUUUGACAUUUUAUAUUCUGUGCUCCGGAACCUAUGUUCGCACUUUCUGUUUCACCACUACGACAGUGUUCAUCGACGGACUGUACACAAACCAAUGGGUACCCUUAUGCUGAUUGGAAAGGCCUGCACAUUUGGUGGACGUAUCAGGUCUUGUGUCAUCAAACCUCUGGCCUGUUUUUUUACUAGUUCUAACAGAAUGGCUAAAAGCAAGUUUGAGUAUGUCCGCAACUUUGAAACAGAUGACACUUGUCUCCGAAAUUGCUACAUUGUUGUGAGAUUGGAUGGGCGCAACUUCCACAAGUUUGCAGAGCAGCACCACUUUGCAAAGCCCAACGAUAACAGGGCUCUGAGUCUGAUGACCCGGAGCGCACGCUCUGUCAUGGAAGAACUCGAGGAUAUUGUCGUUGCUUACGGUCAAAGUGACGAGUUCAGCUUUGUUUUUAAGAGGACCUCCAGCUGGUUUAAGAGGAGAGCCAGUAAGCUCAUGACCCACGUGGCCUCCCAGUUCUCCUCCUCAUAUGUGUUUUACUGGAAGGAGUUUUUUGGGGAGGAGCCCCUUUUGUACCCCCCAGGCUUUGAUGGACGUGUGGUCCUGUAUCCUAGCAACCGCAAUCUCAAAGACUACCUCAGCUGGAGACAGGCAGACUGUCACAUUAAUAAUUUGUACAACACAGUGUUUUGGACUUUAGUACAGAAGGGGGGACUGACCACGACCCAGGCAGAGGAUCGCUUAAAGGGAACAUUAGCUGCAGACAAAAAUGAGAUCCUGUUCUCUGAGUUUGAUAUCAACUACAACAAUGAAUCUGCCCUCCACAGAAAAGGCACCACUCUCAUCUGGGUCAAGCGAGCUGAAGUCAUCACCAAACCCAUUAAGCGUCCAAACGAAGAGGAGAAGGUCGUGACUAAGAGUCGCAUGAGGAGGAGCGUGGAGGCCCACCACUGCGACAUUAUAGGAGAGCAGUUCUGGGAGGAACACCAAGACAUCCUGGAGGAUGACAACUGCUAACAGCUAAUACUGAACUUAGUGUGUCCAGAACGGUUGAAGUGGACCCAUUCAGGCAGUGGACAGAUGACAGAGCAGCUUGAUGCUGACUGAUGUACAUGAACGACACUUCCCAUGAAGCUCAGUGGCCUCGUAUCUAUUGAAAGAGCAUUUUCUGCCACCGUGAUGAUUGACUUUGUACCAUUACUCUCUCACAGCCGGAACAUAUCUGUAUAUCCUAUAUUAAACGUCUAUCAUAAUGUUC